AUUAUAACCGGUUGUUCUUGAGGCUACGUAAUCUUUUGCCCCCCCGUUAAAGAUAUCCACGAUCUCGAUUGCUAUUUUCAUUGUAAAAUAGAAUUGUUGAAGUAUGGCAUCUUUAGAAAAUGCCAAUUCUUCGUUGAUCCUAAGUAAUUGGAGUGACAAGUCAUCCAGUUCUAAAACAACACGAUGGACAAAACUAACUGAGAGUGUCAGAGAAGCUAAACGAUUAGGAGCCUCAAUUUCUAACAAACUUCCUCACAAUUUUGUUUUUCGCAAAUUACCUUAUCAGCCAAAUGCUUAUCGCUUAUAUUUUUUAUGCAUGCCAUCAAAACUUUUCUAUGUGGUUAUUGAUGUUGAAUAUGAAAGCGAAAUCCCUGGAGCAGAACUUGAAUGGCAUAAGUUAAUGGAUCCUUCUAAGGUGACUUACUGCGGAUGUUUCUCAAAAGAAGAACAACUUUUAAGAGAAAGAAAGAGGAUAGGGUUUUUUGGCAUAACCCAUUUUGAUUUUUCCCCCGAAAAAGGGACAUUUGCUUUUACUUCGGGAAAAAAUAUGUAUGUUCUUUCCGACAUGACCGGAUCAGGAGAUCUCUCCAGCACUCCUGUUAGCCCUGUUGAAGUUAGCGUUGAUCAAAAUUUAUCUCGAAUCGAUCCGAAAAUCAGUCCACUAAAUGAUCAACUUAUUGCUUUUGUAUGUGAUGGUGAUGUAUGGGUUACUCAUUAUGCUACAAAUAACGAACACCGUUUAACCUUCAGUAGUCAAGAAGGGUUGAGUGCAGGUGCUCCCUGCUUCGUAAUACAAGAGGAAUUUGAUAGAUAUACGGGCUAUUGGUGGCAACCAGCACAAACUGGUAGUAAUACACACCGUAUUCUCUAUGAGGUUAUAGAUGAAAGCGAAGUGAUGACAUUGAAAAUAUGCUCCCAAGAUGGGCAAGAUGUUGAAGAAUUUCCAUAUCCAAGAGCUGGUACAAAGAACGCAAAGAGUAAAUUAAAAAUCGUUGAAUUUAAAUUGUUGUCCAGCGGACAAUUAUACGAUGUUGAAAAUUUUGACCUAUUCGAUACCCUUACAAAUCUUUUCCCUUGGAUGGAAUAUUUAGUUCGAGCAUCUUGGACUCCAGAUGGACGAUAUAUUAUUGCAACACUACUUGACAGAAGGCAAAGAAGAAUUGCCAUAGUCCUUAUACCGCUUGAAUCAUUUUCUGUAAAAGUAAACGGCACAGAAUCUUCCACCAGUGAUCAGAAGACUAUUCACGUUAUAUACGAAGAAACAACAGAUUACUGGUUGAACGUUCACGAUAUUUUAUACUUUUUGAAUGACAGCAGGGAUGAUUAUAUCUCUUUCGUAACUGCAAGUGAACGAUCUGAAUAUAUGCAUCUAUAUAAGAUAACGGUUCAGUUAAGCCAAUUAACUAACGAAAGUGUAAAUCAAGGUGUUGUAAAUGCAAAGCAAAUUUCUCUUAUUCAAAUUACCCGAGGAGAUUGGCAAAUAUGGCCUAAAAAAAUCUGGAUUGACGAAAGCAAGCGGCUGAUUUAUUUUCAAGCAUUUAAAGAUACACCUCUUGAACAGCAUUUAUACGUUGCAAGACUUGAUUGCGAAAGGGAUUGCGAAUGCUUAACUGCCAAAGAGUUUAGCCAUGCCGUCGAAUUGGAUCCUCUUUGCACCAGCUAUGUAACAGUUUAUAGUAACUUGAAUACGAGUCCUUGUAUUGAAGCAUUUAAAAUUACUCAUAGUGAUUCUAGAUUUGAAAUAGAUAACAUUGGAACAGUACUUGCUCGAACUCCUCUUCCUGAACAUUACGUGCCUCCAAGACUAUAUACUUUAAGGCAACAUGAUACGGAUAUUUAUGCUAUGGUUUACUCUCCUAUUAAUAGAGAACCUGGAAAGAAAUACCCGACUAUUCUCUACGUCUACGGUGGGCCUCAAGUUCAAAUGGUUACAAACACCCAAAGAAGUAGUCGAUUGCAUCGUCUGCAUAUGUUCGCUAGUGUUGGGUUUGCUGUUGUUGUGCUUGAUUGUAGAGGCUCUAGCAACAGAGGUCUUAAAUUUGAGAAAGAUUUACUGGGUAGACUUGGCCAAAUAGAGAUUCAAGACCAAGUUGAUGGAUUACAGAGCUUGGCGUCAUAUUAUUGCGACUUCAUCGAUAUAGAUCGUGUUGCCAUACAUGGUUGGUCAUAUGGCGGGUAUCUUUCGCUAGUGGGUUUGGCGUUACGACCCGAUGUUUUUAAGCUAGCAGUUGUCGGUGCUCCUGUUACUGCCUGGCAUCUUUAUGACACAGCUUACACUGAACGAUAUAUGGGUUUACCCGAAUCUUCAAAAGCAAACUAUGAACAGAGUUCUGUGAUUAAUAUGGUACCGAAAUUUCCCGAUGAAGAAAACAGAUUAUUAAUAUUUCACGGUCUGAUGGACGAUAACGUCCACUUUCAACAUACAGUCUUUUUAAUAGAAGCUCUCAAUAAGCAUUGUAAACAUUACUUUUUACAGAUAUAUCCAAGAGAACGACAUGGUAUAAGAAAUCCAGAAGUAAACGAGCAUUACGAAACAAGCGUUUUAAGCUUUUUAAAGCAACACCUUUAA